UAGUAUUAUAAUAGGUAAAAAUAUUUUUGGAAUAGUAGGUAUUACACGUCGGUUAUGUGCGGUAUCACAAACGAGCCAACUGUUGCGUUCCGAGGAAACAGCUAAUAUAAAUUGAACUGCCUGUCUGAAAUAACAAGGGAGGUACUUUAGUAGCUCAUGUAACGUUCGUGGAUAAUCUUGAGGAUUUUUGUACGCUGAAGCAUUUCUUGAUCCCCAUAAUAACGCUUCAGGAAUUGCUCUGUGUGAAAAUGACAAAUGAUGUUUUUGUUCUCAGGUCUUCGUUGAUAUGGAGGUGUACUACCAUCCUCCACCAGUCCUCAUUCGCGAAGACCCACCGUACAGAGGCGAGACGAGUUCCCUGAGGGGUUCCAGCCACAACAUCAUACCAUCGGUCCACGGCUCCGGACCGGUGCCCGUUCACGGCUCGGCCCCCGGCUCCGCUCACGCCUCUACUCCUGGCUCGUCUCGAGGCUCCAUCGCAGGAACUUCACCCAAGGACGAAGAAAACGUCCUGAUUGAUGUUGAGCGCAACAUCGCCUCCCUCGAGCAGUCUAUCCGAAAUAAAGAAGUCGCAAUCGAUAUGGAAUUUACUGACGAAACUCGCGCUCACAAGCUGAAGUCAGCUGGAAGGCGCUUGCUGAAGCGUGGAUUCACACUUGGCGGCGAGAAGGUACUGAUUGAGAUGCCUGAUCGCAAAAGACCGUCUACUCUGAAGACGGUGAAGACAUUCAUGAGACUCGGCAAGGUUCGACCGGGCCGCGGCAGUAGUGACGAAGAGCAAGGUCUACUGGACACCCCUGGACCUUCCUCGGAGCCAGAUCGCCCUGGCAGCCAGAUCUCCAUUUCAUCGGACGAGAUUUUGGUCGACAUUAGAUCGCCAACAGAUACUCCCAAGAUUAAGAAACUGCGCGCAGUCAUCGAUACCAGCUGCCCGUCAGCUCUGAAGGCGGCUGACUUCCAAGUCUGCGUGACAGUGAUCGAGGCCCGCCAGCUGGCCGGCCUCAACAUGGACCCCGUCGUCUGCGUGCAAGUCGGCGACGUCCGCAAGUACACCAGCGUCAAGGAGAGCACUAAUUGCCCCUAUUACAAUGAAUAUUUCGUCUUUGAUUUCCACAUGCCGCCAAUAAUGCUGUUCGACAAGAUCAUCACACUAUCGGUGUUGCAGUCGCGCAAUAUACUGCGCGCUAACAAACUGCUCGGCAGCUUCAAGCUCGACGUGGCUACAGUCUGGAGCCAGCCUGAUCGCCAGUUCUACCACAAGUGGGCGCUGCUGACGGAUCCCGAGGAUGUGGCUGCUGGAGCCAAGGGCUACCUCAAAUGCGACAUCAGUGUCAUCGGAAAAGGUGACACCAUCAAGAUCCCGCCAAAAAGCGAGAAAGACGAAGACGAUAUCGAAGCGAACCUGCUUCUGCCCGACGGCGUUCCAAUCGAGCGUCAACGCGCCAAGUUUAUCGUCAAAAUCCACAAGGCUGACGGACUUCCCAAGAUGAACUACUCCAUCCUGGCAAAUAUGAAGAGGGCUUUCACAGGAGAGAGCCAGGACCUGGUCGAUCCUUACGUACAAGUCUGCUUCGCUGGCAUGACAGGCUGUACUUCGGUCAAGAAAAAUUCCUACACCCCUGUAUGGAACGAGCAGAUAGUAUUUACUGAGAUGUUUCCGCCGCUGUGCCAGCGCAUUAAGAUACAACUGAGAGACAAUGACCCGGUCCACCCUAACGUCAUCGGGACACACUUCAUCGAUCUCAAGUCCAUUUCCAAUGAUGGAGAAAGAGGCUUCCUUCCAACGUUCGGACCGGCCUACAUUUACAUGUAUGGCUCUACUCGUGACUACAGCCUCCUAGAUCAGCACGCUGGCCUCAACAUGGGGAUGGGAGAAGGUGUAUCCUACAGAGGAAGGAUUCUCAUCUCUAUCCGCACUGAAAUAACAGACAGUAUUGAAUGUCCCGCCUCUGAAGUGGAGGUCGAACCGAUUCCACCAAUCAACGAGCCCAGCUUCGAGAAGAACGAGGAGUUCUUCCUCUUCGCCAGCAUCUUCGAAGCCAACAUGAUAGACAAACGUCUGACGGACAAACCAUUGCAGUUUGAGCUCAGCAUUGGAAACUCUGGGAACUCAUUAGAUGGGCACAACGAGUCUGUGAAGCGUCCUCAUGAUUUGGAUGCAGAACUCGAUGAGAUCAGUGCCGACACCGGCUACUGGCAAAGCACGACGCAGGCCACGAAGGCCUCGUCCAACGACAAGAACUACUACUACCUGCCUUUCUGGGACCACAAGCAGUGCAUGCACGUUCGCAGCAUUUGGCCGGACCAUCGUCGUCGCAUGUACAACUCCAACCUCAUCGCUAAUAUAAUUGAAAAAUUCGAGGAAGGUCUGUCUGAUGCUCAAGCCGCUAUCACUGUAGACUAUGGUCCAGACAGCUCGAGCGUUCUUGCUCUGAAGAAUGCUUUGGAGAUUGCGAGCAAUGCUUGCAGUGCUUACGUGCGUCACAUGGCCAAUGCGCCGCCAUUUGGCAACACCAAGCUGGAUAAAGAAAGGCAGAAGCUCUGCAUUUAUGAAAUUGAACAAAUUGCAGCCAUGACAAAAAGCCUGCGAGCUCUGAUUACGAAACACUCGAUCAAGGAUCGAUUGCGCACAGCAUACACCUAUUUGAACAAGCUGAAACAUCUUUGCGAGGAUUCCCAACACACCUUGCCUGAUGUAUUCAUUUGGCUGAUAAGCAACGGAAAACGGUUAGCGUAUCAUCGCAUACCAGCAAGGGAUAUUAUAUACUCAGACUUCGCAGAUGAGUCUGGCAAGUAUUGCGGUAAAAUGCAGACUCUAUUCCUUAAGUGGCCAGGAAAGAAGUCUACUACUCCAAGUGGUUGGUCCAUUCCAGCCAAAAUCAGUGUAUACCUGUGGCUUGGCUUCUUGCAAGACAAGAAACAUUACAUUGAUGGACUACCACAGGGCUACGAAGUCAGUUCUGAAUUGAGGAAUGCAGAUAAAUUGAGAUCCAAUGCACCAUCAACUAUUUUCUACGCAGAGAAACAUAAUUUCCAAAUGCGAGCCUACGUAUACCAAGCUCGAUCUCUGAUCGGAUCUGAUUCUUCUGGUCUUUCUGAUCCAUUUGCUCGCAUAGUGAUCGGCGAGAGCACCGGAACAACUCAAGUCAUUGACGAGACUCUCAGUCCCACUUGGGAUGAACUUCUGGUAUUUGAUGAUAUUUUGCUAUAUAGCACAAUCGAACGAAUAAAAGCCGACCCACCCACAAUAGUCAUUGAAAUAUUUGAUCAAGAUAAGGUAGGAAAAUCUGAGUUCAUUGGCCGGACUCUAGCGAAACCUCACAUUAAAGCGUACGAAGAUACACACAAUGGGCCACCCUCACUGGAAUGGUACGAAAUUACGAGGGGAGAUGAUAGAGCUGGUGAACUUCUGGCCACUUUUGAAUUGCUUGAAAUACCUCCGAAACAAGAUGCUUCGAUAUUACCUGACCUGCCUACACCAAGAGAGGCUAAUGGUAAACCACCAAUUGAUAUUAACAAAGGCCCAAUUUUACCAGUGCCCAGGGGUAUAAGGCCUACUCUAUCAAAGUAUCGAAUUGAAGUAUUAUUCUGGGGAUUACGUGAUUUGAAACGAGUUCACCUCUUGACGGUGGACAAACCUCGCGUUGACAUUGAAUGCGCCGGUAACAUACUGUAUUCGUCAGUUAUUCAGAACGCUAAGCGUAAUCCGAAUUUCACGAACCCAAUAAAGUUCGUUGAUGUGGAACUUCCCGACCAAGACUUAUAUCGGCCACCACUAACUAUUCGCGUAGUGGACUGCCGCAGCUUUGGUAGAAUAACGCUUGUCGGAACACACACCAUAAAUUCCAUUCACAAAUAUAUUUACACUCCGAUGAGCAAGCGUGAGAGAGACAUCGAGGAAAGGAAGAAAUCACUUAUUCCAUUACAGAAUGUUGAUUUACGAGCUAACUGCAUUGUUCAAGAUGACACGUUUACUAUUGAAAAUGAAAAAGAAAGCUGCCCGUUGCUGAUUCGAAACAGUAGGGGAGCAACAGUGUCCUACGGAUCCGGUGUUAAGCCCCGAGUCAUUCGAAAGAAGUUUAACAAGCGCGAAUCCAUGAAAAAGCGUAAGGCAAGCACGGAGUCCAUAUUGGACGAUGAUGAAAGUAGCAAAGAUUGGUGGACUAAAUACUUCGCUUCUGUGGAGUCCAUGAUUGAAGAAGAGAAAGAAGCCAAAAGAGAAAGGCAAGGCUUUUUGCAGCCAUCGCAAAUAUCAUAUGUCGACGAAAUUAGGUCUCCGCGAGAAGAAAUACACUCUCCUAGAUCUGAGCGAGAAAGGGAUCGUGAGAGAGACCGAGACCGGGAUAGAUCUAAACGAAGACCUCCAACGUCUCCAAGACCUAAGACAAGUCCGACAAUCAACAAGAAAAAUGAAAUUCCGAAGUCAGCACUCGCUAAAAUUUAUCCCCAUGAGCUGGAGGCUGUUCCGGAAUAUGAUGAAUUCAAAGAAUGGCUCCAUUCUUUUGAACUCUACAGGGGUAAGAAGACUGGAGACGACUCUGAGGAUGAGAACAGAGUUGUCGGAGUAUUCAAGGGAGCAAUUAAAGUAUACAAAUGGCCUCUGCCAAGGGGAAUCGAUGACCACACCGUUAUGGGAUUUGAUCCAAAUUUUGGAUUUUUCCAAGGUGUUCCAAAUAACGAACCCAUCCACGUGCUUGUACGCGUAUACAUCGUAAAGGCCACCGAUCUCCAUCCAAUGGAUCUUAACGGAAAAGCUGAUCCCUAUAUUGUAUUACACUUAGGAUCAAAAAGAAUCAGCGAUAAGGAAAAUUAUGUUUCCAAACAACUCAAUCCCGUCUUUGGAAAGUGUUUUGAAAUAGAAGCUACUUUCCCACAAGAUUCCAUGCUAACAAUUCAAGUUCUCGACUGGGAUUUGCUCGGAUCCGAUGAUCUGAUAGGAGAAACUAAAAUUGAUCUUGAAAAUCGCUUCUACAGUCGUCACAGGGCGACUUGCGGACUUCCAAUGAAAUAUGAAGAACAAGGUUACAACCGCUGGCGUGACGCUAUGAAACCGACGCAGAUAUUGGCGAAACUUUGCAAAGACGGGAAGCUUGACCCUCCUGUCUACGAGUAUGGACGCGUCAAAGUUGGUCGUACUAUUUUCAACAUGCCGACGGACGAUUCAGAACUUUUCUCUAACCCUGACACCAUUGAGGAGCAGAUGGCUUUGGUGGUGCUCCGCCGUUGGCAGGAAGUUCCGCGUGUAGGAACUCGUUUAGUCACGGAACACGUCGAGACACGACCUCUGUACAACCCCAGCAAACCCGGAAUAGAGCAAGGUCGCCUUGAAAUGUGGGUGGACAUGUUCCCGAUGGAUAUGCCCCUGCCGGGGCCACCGCUCGACAUCUCUGCACGCAAGCCCAAAUCUUACGAAAUGAGAGUCAUCAUAUGGAACACAGAUGACGUAGUGUUGGAGGAUGACGCCUUCUUCACUGGAGAAAAGAUGUCUGACAUCUACGUGAAGGGCUGGGUCAAGGGCCCUGAUGAUUGUCAAUCAACGGACAUACAUUACCGCUCUCUCACGGGUGAAGGAAACUUUAACUGGCGCUUCAUAUAUCCAUUUGACUACCUGGAGGCGGAAGAACGUAUCGUUAUAUCUCGUAAGGAGUCAGUCUUCUCUUGGGACGAAACCGAAUGCAAGAUACCAGCACGACUUGAGUUACAAGUCUGGGACGCUGAUCAUUUUUCUGCAGACGAUUUCUUAGGAGCCAUAACCCUGGACUUGAGUCGCUUCCCUCGCGGCGCUAAAUCAUCCAAGCUUUGCACCCUAGACAUGCUACAGAACGACGGAUCCGUUCCCAUGGUUAACAUAUUCAAACAAAAACGUGUUAAGGGCUGGUGGCCUUUCUACAUAAAGCGCGACACUGAAGAGAUGGAGUUGACAGGAAAAGUGGAAGCUGAGAUCCAUCUCCUGACCCGCGAGGAAGCUGAUAAAGUACCGGCUGGACUUGGCCGCAAUGAGCCUGAUCCUCUGGAUAAACCUAACCGACCCGACGCUUCGUUCAUGUGGUUCCUGAACCCGCUGAAGUCUAUCCGCUACAUCGUCUGGCACAACUACAAGUGGACGAUCCUCAAGGCCGCCAUCGUCAUCCUGCUGGCCCUCAUGUUCUUAUUGCUGGUGUACGCUGUACCCGGUUACACGGUCAAGAAACUACUGGGAGCUUAAAUUAACGAUCUUAUAACAUUUAAUGUUCAUUUACUUAGGUUAGAUUUGAUGUCUCAAAAAAAAACAAAAAACAACAAAAAAAAAAAACAAAAAAUAUAAAAAUCACAAAAAAAAUACAAAAUCAAAAAAAUCUACAAAAACAUGCAUCCAUUUAUCCACACAUAUAACCAUAGAAAUAGACACAUUUAACCAUAGUUAGGCAAUAGGUAAUUUUAACUGCACCACAUUGAAAUCAACAUAAACAUAGGUAUCAUUAUCUUCUUCCUUUCUGACUUUUAAGCUUGUAUAUACUAUCAACUUCCAUUUUCAUUCUCCUACAGUCUAGCUGUAGGGGGCCUACCACCAUCUCUUAAAGUAAUAUUUUUGCAAUUGUGAAAGAGAGAAGACGUUUUAUACGCCAUUUCUCUUUGACAAGAGCAAGAAUCUUACGUUAAGAUAUGGGGGUAGGUCCUCGGUACUGCCGACACACGUCAUUGUGUAAACAACCAACGUCCACAGUACCACUCAUAUAAAAAUAUGGGACGAAAUAUUAACAGUGACUUACAGUGGACAGUGCCUACUUCCCGUCGUCUUUGAAAACCUGAGAUCACAGGAAGUACAGCAGCUCAAGGCGCUUCACUUCUGAGAACUGUCUGUUAGCGUGAACACUUAUAACAAAAUCUCCGUUUAACGCCAUAGGCAUGCUAAAACGUGAUUCUUACUAAGCUACUUCACCAUAAUUAUACGACAAUUUGUUUAAAUAGAUUCCGUUCAUAUUUAAAAUUAUACUUCUGUUCAUAAAAGGGCAACUUUAGACAAGACAGCAAACAAAAAUUACGAAAAAAACAGACUUCCCGAACAAAAUUGUCAUCAUGAUUGUUUUCUGGGAGAAAGUUUUCGCUUUUAUGUAUUGCAAAGGUAUUUUGGAUAUUACCGGACUCUGUUUAAAUACAUUGGACUUGCUUAUACUCGUAUCAACUGCUGUGGAGAUCGAUAUACGAUCUAUGGCGUUUGUCGGGAAAAACGAACCAUGACUUAAGUCAAAUCCAUUCCGAAACCAUGUACCAGCUAACAUAGUCCAAAUUUCCUGUUUACCAGACAAAAAUCUUCCGUCAGCUCAGAAUCUUAAACUGUAAGAAAAUGAAAAUGUAAACUUGGAAGUAUCUUCGAGGGUCAUUUUCCAGUUUAGUUUUUUACUUUUCCUCCCUAAUAGAUAGAGACUUGACAUACAUUGCUUCCAAAUUAAUAGAAUAGAAAAACAGCCGUAGAUAGUACUUCUGAAGUAUGGAGCCGUACAGAAGAAUAUAAGAAUAUAAGAAUAUACUACAUUUAUUUUCGUUAUCUCCGUGCACAAAAACCUAAGUAUUAUAGUUGAAUAUAAUAUUCGUAGCAUAGCGCGCGUCACGUGCUCCUAUCAACCACUGCAACUCGUGAGAAGCGAACAUAAAUGUUUUACUAAUAACCUUAAUUUAAUUUACUAUAUUACGUGUUUAUCUUUAGGGAUAGCGUCAUAUAUAACCAUAGAAAUAACAUUAAAUAUUACAUUCUUUAGCGACACUGGGUGGCGAAAGUAUACGAAAGCUGAAACAUAACAACCAGUGCUUAAGCUAGGAGGUUCUCAAAUAGGACUGUCGGAUAUAGAAUUUGCAGGGGGCAAAUGACAACAGCCCUCCUAAGAAGAAAUAUUAUCGAUGUAAUACUAACACUACUUACUACUCGCAAGAGAUAGUCGGGACGCAUUUAAAGUACUAUUAAUACUGAUGUCCAAGCGAGACACCGCUAUCAACACCUAACACUUUCUCACUUCGACAGUGAAAACAGUUCUACUUCAAAAGCUCUUAGUAAGCACGAUGGAAAGAUAACGAGUAAGACACAAUAACAUUAUGAAUUUGGAAUGUUUUAUGAGGAGGAUGGAGCACCAUAUUAUAGGUUUAACCAUAUUUAACCGUAGCAAGUAAACAAUAUUUAACCAUAGUCAUAAACCAGCAUUUAUCCGUAGAAAUAGAUAUGUGUUUAACGACUAACUACAAUAUUUAAUCAUAAAUGUUAGGCGUGCCGUGUUGUGGGGUCGGCACACUCGGUUUGGUGAAAGAAAGAAACUUACCAAGAGUGAUCUCUUGACUACACAUUAGUGCCGAUUAAUUAAUACCCACUUGUAAGAUGAACUCCUCACGGCACACUAUAUUAUUGAAACAUAAUCACACUUGCAUAGAGAUAGAAUAGAUUACACACACUAAGUAUUCCUACUCAAACUUUCGAACUUCUUUAAACCACUGGGAGUAGUGUUAGAUGAUCCUUUUUGCACAAGGCUGCAGCUGCAAGUGCUGCAAGACGGAGGGCACUACUUAAUAAAAAAGAACUUGGAAUAAAGAAAGGAAAAAUCAAAGGUAGCGCAAAUGCCGACUAAUGCCUGCCUAAAAGGUGAUUGCUAUCUUUCGACACCUUACAUCUAUCAUCAUCUACCUAAUUAUACGAUUUGAAAAAAGCUGACAGUUCCAUUUGUGGGUAUCAUACUUCUGCCAGAACCCUAGCUUUCCUUAAAAUAAGGGCUUUAUUCAAAAAUCCUGAAUAAAAAAUGGCAUCUGCACACUUCAAAAGCACAGUGUAUCAGUCUACUCGCUACUCCCAGUGGAGAAAGGAAUAUACUUAGGCCUUCUUCAUUUAAUGUUUCCUUAAAACGCAACACACCGUAGUAGCAACAUAUCCCAACACACUUGUCCAUUUUCAGCCGCUUACUUACGCAUUCGCUUCGCGUGGUAUAUUAAAAUCAGGCAGCAAAACUUAAAAAUUUAGUUCUUCAAAUUUUGGUAUAAAAAGAGUUUGGUUACCCUUUACCUGUUAUCAACAGUUGGCCCGUAAGAUCUUAACAACAUGUAGGUCCAGAUAGUAACACUUUUUACAAACUGGGUAAUAUACAAGCUCUUACAAGUACUGGCUUUUGUCCACCUACAGGCAGCUGUAAACACUCACUAAGAACAAUGUAAAGUCAGUCAUCACGUUUCUAAAGACAACCAAUCAACAGGUCAGGAAUACCAUUCCAUGUUAUUCAACUC